UCCCAGCUUUGUCUGAAUGGCUUCACGACACAAUGCCAUUCUUCUUCUGCUGCAAAUGGCAGCCAAAGGAAGACAACGCCCACACGUGUCAGAUGUAUAACUAUUGGCGGACAUCACAGGACUGUUCCUCAUAUCAGGCGCCGUCCAUCGGUUCGGUGUACGGCGACCCACACUUCGUUACGUUUGAUCGCUUCAACUAUACCUUCAACGCCAAAGGAGAGUACACUUUGGUUCACGUGGACAACGCUAUCCACAAACUAGAUGUGCAAGCUCGGUUUGAACAAGUGCCCAGAAACAGACGCACAGACCCGCAGAUCAACGCGACGGCCCUCUUGGCUGUGGCCGCACGCGAUAAUAUCUCGUCGAUCGUGGAGUUCAGGCUGAGGCCAAUCGCCGCCCGUUGGAGGUAUCAGAUGUAUGUGAUUGUGGACAAGGAGUACAUCUUCUGGUGGGACGAGUCGAUGAGAUUG